UUUUCGCUCUUGGCUUCUAUUCAAAUAUUGGGUCAGGGGUGAGAUACCAACGUCACUAGCUAGCAAGAUGGCGGUGGAAAGACUGUGAGAUGAGACCUGGUGUGGUACACUGAAAACCUGGCGGAUGUCUCAAGAUGGAAAAGGUACUGGAAAACAUUCAGCUAGUCUGGCAAUAUUUGUGGACCGAUUGAGAGCAACUAAGGUGGUGACAUACAGCAGAAUUCCAGCAUCUGCUGUCAUUAUUGAUACAUAAAGCUCAAUUCCCUGACCAGGAAUUGAAGCUGGGCCGUGGCAGUGAAAGUGCCAAAUCCUAACACUAGAUCAUCACAACAGGUGGUUAAAGUUUGAGGAAUUAGAGGUGGAAAUGGAACUCCCAAAUCACGCCAAACAACUGCUGCUGCAGCUGAACCAACAAAGGAGCAAGGGAUUCUUCUGUGAUGUUAUCAUUGUGGUCGAGAACGCCCUGUUCCGUGCCCACAAGAACAUCCUGGCAGCAAGCAGCAUGUACUUUAAGUCCCUCGUGCUUCAUGACAACUUGAUCAACUUGGACACUGAUAUGGUCAACGCCACCAUCUUCCGACAGAUCCUCGAUUUUAUCUACACCGGGAAGCUCCUGGGCACGGACCAGGCCAGUGAGCAGAACUUUAACGCCCUCCUGACAGCAGCCAGCUACCUCCAGCUCCACGACUUGGCUGCUGUUUGUCGGAAGAAGAUGAAACGCAUCGGUAAGGCUUUGCACGGCAAGCUGAUGGGCCCCGGCCCUGGGAAACCAGGGAGAGGGCACAGGUUGCCCUCGGCCCCGGUCAUCCAGCCACGCUACUCGGGUUCGCCCGAGGCGCUCCAGAGGCUUCAAGCCGGGGAGCUGCACCGGGUGGAAGUUGCUGGGGACGAAUUGUACCUCGCUAGCUCGAACAAAGGAAACCCCCACUCUCACGGCCAGAAUGGCGGCACCAGCAAAAGUAGCAAUACUAACAAUGGCACCAACAGCAACAAAGGGGAGCAGGAGCAGAUGCUCGGCCUGGACCUGUCUAAGAAAAGCCCUUCAGUCCCUCCCCACAUGUCUCAGGAGGACAUGCAGCUCGGAGAGUGCAGCCAAGGUGGCUCUCCCCGUUCUGCCUCUGUUUCUACCACCAACAGUGCCCCCUUUGAAGACAGCGCCACGAACCCUCACAAAGUGGAGAACAGCGAGUGCUCGGAGAGGAAUGACCUCGGGUCUGACACCCAGAGCCUGGCAGACACUGGGCAGCCCAAAGGCUUCCGGCUGGCGGUUCGUGGUGCCAGCUGGCUGAAACAGGAGAAGAUGUACGGCAGGCCUGAGGGCACCAACUGCCGGGACGAGGGCGGCUCGCUCCUCAACGGGGUCAUCAUGGGGCCCCUGGUGAAGUCGCUGGAGCGGGAUUCCGGUCGCCACUUUGAUCACGCCAUGCGCUGCAAAGAGGAGGAGGACGACGAAGAGGAGGAGGAAGGGGAGGAGGAGAAUGGUAAAGAGUGCAGCGAGGACAGCGCCCAGAGCGGUGAGGAGGAGGCAGCGGUGGCCGUGACUGGUGGAGGAGGAGGAGGGGGUCACGGUUACAGGCCAGGCCAGGACGGCUUCGAGCCAGCAGGGUACGGAGACAACCUGUACGUGUGCAUCCCCUGCGGCAAGGGCUUCCCCAGUUCAGAACAGCUCAACGCCCACGUCGAGAGCCACACCGAGGAGGAACUGUACCUGAAGGAGGAGGCGGACAGCGGCCUGGCUGCCCCAAACCCACCGUACCCCAGCGACUCACGGCCCUACAAGUGCUCCGUCUGUGAGAAGAGCUACAGGGACCCAUCCACGCUGCGGCAACACGAGAAGACCCAUUGGCUGUCCCGGCCCUUCCCAUGCAACAUCUGUGGGAAGAUGUUCACCCAGCGGGGCACCAUGACCCGGCAUAUGCGCAGCCACUUGGGCCUGAAGCCUUUUGCGUGUGAAGAGUGUGGCAUGCGGUUCACGCGGCAGUACCGACUGACCGAGCACAUGCGGGUCCACUCGGGCGAGAAGCCCUACGAAUGUCAAAUCUGUGGUGGCAAGUUCACGCAGCAACGCAAUCUGAUAAGCCACAUGAGAAUGCAUACCUCACCAACAUAAGCCAAAGACUCCAACCUCAAUUUAUAUAUUUUUGUGUGCGUGUGCGUGUGCGCGUGUGUAUGUUUCUUUUUCUCUCCCACUUCUCCAGCCUCCUUUACAACAUGUUUUCGAUGGGAGAACGAGCAAUGGGGUUGGGUGGGUGAUUGAUCGGGAACGGGGUCUUUAGUUUCGAAUAGAUGUUUAGGGAAAGAAAAAGAAUCCUCGAAGCUUCGAGGCGCUUGUUUUAUUAAGGAGUAAGGACCUUUUGUAAUUUUUAUGUGAAUGUUUAAACUGGAAAGUUGAGGAUCUAGCUGGGGUAGCUUGGUGUAGGCUGGACUUGCUGUUAUUUCCUUAGGUACAUUUUUCCUUUUGUAUUUUCUCCCGUGUUUAGCUCCUCUCCCCGUGCUGAAUAAGUCUGACAGAAGGGACUUGUCAGCUUGCUACCUCUUCACGAUAAUAAUUUAUAAGGAAAGAAAACUAAACGAAAGAAUUAGUCAAAGAAUAUUGCAAGGGAAAGGGGUGGGGGGGAUAGAUUUCUCUUUUUUAAAAAAACAUAAUAACAAUGAAUUUAAGAUUUAGUAUUUCCAUUUUGACAUUGUCCAUCCCAGCUCUUUUUGAUUCUAUCCAAAUAUUGGCUGAUUUCUAUUUUCCCCAAGCCAGACCAGAUAAAACUUAUGUUUUAUCUGCCUUGACCAAAUUAUCGGACAGUGUACAGUGUUUUGAAUUUUGAGCCAUAUACAUGUGAAGUCAUGACUGCUUCAAAGUCACUGCAGUCAUGCUGGUUAAUGGUCAGUUCCAUGGUGAGGGUAGGGAAGAGUGUGGGUUGGGGGAAAACAGGCUUGUAUUUUCAAUAGCUUUUUAUUGGUGAGCUGCUGAAGCCAAGAGAAGAUGAACAGCAUGAUGUGGAAAAAGUUAAACUGGUGUUUACAUAGGUCUGCUAGCCAGUAAAGGCCUACCCAUUAUUGUUAGCAUGGUACGGAAGUUAUAGUGAGGACAGCAAGGUGUGAGAAUAAUGAGCUUUUUUGUCUCUUAGCUGUACAUUCCUGAUGAAACCAAAUUCACAAUUGCUGCAUAGAAACAAAGAUUAUUAUUGAAUCAGGGCACAGAGAGGCAGAUUUUGAUGGCUUUGAUUGGAACAGAUUUCCAAAGUAACUUCUUCGGAAUAAGUUUACAAAGUAUCUGUCAGAACAGCGCCUAAAACGCCCUAAUACAAAGAUACAGAAAGCUUUUUUAAACAAAUAUAUAUAUAUAUAUAUAUAAUAUAUAUAUAGGGCUGGUUUAGGGUUUUUGUGUUUCUUUUUUAAGUGAUAAUUUCACAUUUUGACAACCGAUUGAGUUCUAACAUUGUAUGAGUCCUGAUGGAAAAAUAUCUUUUUUGUUAAACCUCUCAAACCAAGUGUAGGUACGGAGGAAGGAGGGGAUUCACAGGAAAGGGACCCCCUUCUUAAAUGAACCAAGUUGAGUCUUUUUCUUGGCAUUUGGGGUGAUGGAAAGACUUGGACAGCACAUGAUCAUAUUCCAGUUUGUUUUACUGAAGGGGCACUGGGGCAAGUCUAAGUAUGGUCUUUCCUUAUUUCCCAAGAUAAUUUUUUUUUUGUUUUUAAAUAUAUAUAUUUAAUAUAUAUAUAUGUUGGGAUAAAACGAAGAUCUAAACUAAACUAAACUAGUGAUUACAGCUUAAACAAUUGAAAAGAGUGCAGUAUCGUUCUCAGCACUUAAAACAAGUACGACAUUAUGUCUGUGUACAGCGAAGGUAUUGUACAGGAGCUUUCCUUUCAAGUAGUUAUGUAGAAUUGCAGUUGAUAGAUUUUUAUUCAAAGGAAAAUUUAAAAAAAAGUUUAAAAAAAAUAAACUUUCCAAACUGUGACAAUAAAAGGUUCAUAAUUCAGGGAUUGUUCAGCACCUGCACAGUGCAGUAAUCUCAACUACAUUUAUAUGAUGUCGUAAUGUAUCGAGACAUUUUCUGUAUUUUAAUGAGAAGCAGAACACUAG